AUGAUUGAAGUUGUAGUGAAUGAUAGAGUUGGAAAGAAAGUGAAGGUGAAGGCAUUGGAAGAUGAUCUGGUUGGUGAUUUCAAGAAGCUACUAGCUGCUCAGAUCGGUACUGCUUGGGAAAAGAUUUUGUUGAAGAAAGGUAAUACAACUUUGAAAGAUCACAUUUCAUUGGGUGACUAUGAGAUACAUAACGGUACAAGUGUUGAAUUAUACUACUCUUGA